GCGCGCGCGCUCAUUAGUGACGCACGGUUUCUGUUGUUAUCGGCGCGUAUGCGAGUGUCGUAAAUAUGUCGAAGUCGGUGCAGUGUAAUUCGUGCCGAAUAGUGAUAAACGAAAUGUUGUGUUAUAUACAAAAUAAACUCUCUUAAUGGGAGAGGAUUCAAUUGUGCGGUUGUGUACAUCGGCGUUUACUAGUGAAGAAAUUCAAACGUCAAAGUCGUUACUGUUCGAAUCGCUGCCUACAAAUAAGCGAAAAGUACAGCGAAAAGGCGAUGGAAAAGGUCAACGUGACAUUAACGACAUUGUACAAUUAAUGAAGACUACAGAUCCCGAUGUGAUACCUAUAUUUGUGGCAAGAGAAUUGGAAAAAUUGCCGCCAGUGACUUUUGACCAUUUGGACUGUACGAAACUGUUAAAAGAUUUGGUACGGCUUCAAGCUGAUAUUGACACAGUUAAAACGAACUACGCAACACUCAAUGAUCUUGAGGUAUUAAAGAGUGAAUUGUUACCAAUUAAUAGUGAAUCUCCACCAGCGCGUCUGUCCGUAUGUAAGGUAAACAAUAGGCGCGGAGCCUGGUGUAUGGAUAGCGGCCCAGUAGGAUUAUCUCAUAGUUCUCAUAUUCAGGAAACAAGUGGGAGGGUUAGUGACCCAUCAGUAAAAGAGCAUACCCUGUCUUUUAUACAAACCGACGAAAAUCAGAAAAGUACAUCAAUGGAACUAGCGAGUGAUCAAUCUACCUCACAGUGCGUAGCGGGCGAUAAAACUACCGCGGUACCUGGGCCGGCCGGCGCGGGCGCGUCGGGCGAUAUGAGUCAUUCGGGCGAACAGCUGUUUGAACUUGAACCCGCGAGUACAUCGAAGGGUAAAAUCAGUAGCGAAUGUGCUGAGAAACAGUGCGACUUGCAACUUACGGAACAAAAUAGACAAAAUUAUAUUAGGAGGGACGAUGACGGUUAUGAAACGGUAACUUAUAAGAAGAAGAAAGCUAAUUAUCGCUACAGAGGUCAAUUUGGCGUGGCAAAUGACUCAAAUACGAAAUUUAAGGCUGCGGAACGUAAGACUCCGGUUUUCAUAUCUAACGUGCAUAAAGACACACAGGAAAAAGACAUUAUCGAAUAUAUUAUGGUCAAAACGAAGGAAAAAGUAUUUUUAGAGAAGAUAGACAUAAAAAGAGAUACUGGUCACAAAGCGUACAAGUUUUUCGUUAGUCCGAAUAAAUUAUCUUUGUUCCUGGAUAAAAAUAUAUGGCCGCAAGGUAUUAUUUUUCGUAAGUUCGUGCAUUUUCAGUACGGACACGCGAUCGGUACGAGAACUGAGAACGGUAAGCAUGAUAUUAUAAAUAAAUAAAUGGAUAGUACGAUAUAUAAAUUUGCUAGCUUUAACUGCAAAAACGUAAAGCGCUCAAUAGGUACUGUUAAGGAAUUGUGCCGAUCCUGCCAUAUUGUCGCUUUGCAAGAAACUUGGCUAACUCCGGAAGAGACUGUAUUCCUGAAUACAAUUGAUGAAGAUUUCUGCGCAACUGGUACGUCUGCCAUGAAUACCAGCGAGGGCAUGAUGGUCGGUCGCCCGUACGGCGGGGUUGGCCUCUUAUUUCGUAAAUCGGUGUUUCAAAAUGUUUCUGUUGUGCAGUGCGAUAAUGCUCGUUUGUGCGCGAUCAAAAUUAUGACAAAUGACAAUCAACCGAUAUUAGUGGUCAGUGUAUACAUGCCUACGGACUGCAGUGACAACUUGGGCGAAUUCACGGACUGCCUGGGAGCGGUGAGUGCGAUAAUUGAUGAGUGUGGGAUAGAAUCAGUAUACAUAAUGGGCGAUUUUAAUGCUCAUCCGCACGAACGUUUCUAUAGUGAGCUGAUUAAUCAUUGCGACGAACAAAAAUGGUGCUGUAUGGACGUGGAUAAGUUGGGGAUUACGUCAGAUACUUACACUUUUUUUAGUGAUGUGCAUUUAUGUAGGAGAUGGUUGGAUCACUUUGUACUAUCGCAGUCGGCGGUGCCCUCCGUUCGCAAUGUUUAUGUAAAUAACAAUUGUGUUACGUGGUCGGACCAUUUUCCUAUAUUUUUGGAAUGUGACCUUAAUGUUAUAGUCUCUAGACUCUCUAGAAUAACAAGACAGGUUCACGUAGAUAAAAAUGUAAUAUGGGGGGAGAGAACGACGGAGCAAAUUGUUGUUUAUCGCGACGAAUGUCAUCAAAGACUGCGUUUAAUUAAUUUUCCAAUAGAAUUAGAGUCCUGUGCCGAUAGGUACUGUCAGGAACAGGGACAUAAAAAAGUUUUGGACCGGCUAUAUGAGGAAAUCGUUGAUGCGCUUAAGAGUGCAGCAACUGUCGGUCGGGGAGACAGGCAACCGAGGGCUAAGAAACGGAUUGUAGGUUGGAACAAACAUGUUAGUGCCGCUCACCGGGUGGCUAGACAAAGGUAUUGUGAUUGGAUAAUGGCUGGAAAGCCUGAAAGUGGUACUCUUUUUAAUGAGAUGCGUGAAAGUCGCAAGGUCUUUAAAUCGCGCUUGAAAUGGUGCCAAGAUCACGAAGAUCAAAUAAAGAUGGACAUUAUUACCUCUCAUCAUUCAAAGAAGGAUUUCCGCUCCUUUUGGAAGGCCACAAACAAAUUAAAACCUUUGACUAGUCACCCGGCUAGCGUUGAGGGCGUUAGCGACCCAAAAAGCAUUGCUAACCUCUUUAAGGACCAUUUCGUUAUAAAAUCGGCUUUAGGCCCAACGAAGUUGGAGGGGUUAAAUAGUGAGGCCGAGAUAGAGAGUGUGGGUCCUAGCCUUACUGCUAAGGACAUUGCUAAAAUUAUAAAAUCAAUGUCUGGAGGUAAAUCCCCGGGAUACGACGGUCUCUCUGUUGAGCACCUCCAACAUGCUGGUCCCCACAUAUCGAGAGUGUUGGCAAUGUUUUAUACCUUGUGUAUCAGGCAUUCUUAUCUGCCAGAUAAUCUAAUGCGGACGAUCGUCGUACCUAUUGUUAAAAACAGGACCGGAGACCUGGCAGAUAGGAGUAACUACAGACCCAUUUCGUUGGCAACAGUCAUGGCAAAAAUACUUGAUAGUGUGCUUAACUCCCAGUUAAAUAGCCAUGUGAAACUGCAUGAUAACCAACUAGGUUUCCGACCACAGUUAUCUACUGAGUCUGCGAUCCUAUGUCUUAAGCACACUGUCAGGUAUUAUGCCAAAAGUAAAACCCCGGUGGUGGCCUGUUUCCUUGACCUGUCUAAGGCUUUUGACCUGGUUUCCUAUGAUAUACUGUGGAAGAAGCUGGAGAAUACCAGUGUACCGCAGGAAACCAUUAGAAUAUUUAAGUAUUGGUAUGGAAACCAGGUCAACUGCGUUAGAUGGGCAGACGUGCUAUCUGAUGAGUACAGGUUGGAGUGCGGGGUGAGACAGGGGGGGUUGACUUCACCUACGCUCUUCAACCUGUAUGUUAAUGGACUAAUCGAGGCGCUCAGUAGAACCCAUGUCGGCUGUCAUGUGGAUGGAGUUUGUGUCAACAACAUAAGCUAUGCGGACGACAUGGUGCUGCUGAGCGCGUCGGUGUGUGGGCUGCGUAAACUGUUGCGAAUUUGCGAAACGUAUGUCUCAAAUCAUGGUCUUAAAUAUAACGCAACCAAGAGUCAGUUCAUGGUGUUUGAGUGCGGUCGCAAGAAGACAAUGGAUAUUCCUGCUAUUUGCCUCAAUGGUACCCCCAUAGAUAGAGUGGACCAUUUUAAGUACCUAGGCCAUCUUCUCGCGACCGACCUCAAGGACGACCUGGAUAUGGAGAGGGAACGAAGGGCCCUGUCGGUCCGGGCGAAUAUGAUCGCCCGCAGAUUUGCAAGGUGCUCAAAAGAGGUUAAAGUCACACUAUUUAGGGCAUUUUGCACUUCCCUCUACACUUGCAAUUUGUGGGCACAGUAUACGCAACGGGCAUACGGGGCCCUUAGGGUCCAGUACAACAAUGCGUUCCGGGUGCUGAUGGGGCUGCCCCGUUUCUGUAGCGCAUCAGGGAUGUUCGUGACGGCGCGCGUGGACUGUUUUUAUACUACCAUGCGUUCACGCGCAGCAUCCCUGGUGCGCCGGGUGCGUGGCAGUCCCAACAGCAUCCUACGAAUGAUAGCGGAUAGGGUCGACUGUCCCUACUUGUCGCACUGUGAGGGAUUGCAUUCCCCCAUCAGUGUUGUUUUAUUUUAAAUUAGUGUUUGUUGUACCUACUAACCCCUUAGUUUGUAAGUUCUACUAAUGAAAAUAUGUGUCCAUGUGUUACAUGUAAUAAAAAUAUUCAUUCA